GACUCCCAACUUUCUCUCUGACUUUUCUUUCUUUUUCUUUUUUUAAACUGUACUCUUUCCUAGGAUUGAAAAAGAAAUUCUUGGCAUGGACGUCAUUCUGGACCCUGGCUAAUUAUGACUCAUUUCCUUAAAGUCCAGCAAACCUUUUGAAGUCACUUUAAAAAAACAAAACAAAGAAGAAUUAGUGGCCAUGUCUGUAACGGCUCUGAUCAAAGGCAUGUGGGGACAGAAAUCACAGGAAUCCUCAAGCAAGCAUCCACCAGCUUCAAGUCAGCAGGUUCAUGAAGUGGACGAUGAUGAAGAUGAGGAUGGCGCGAGUUUCAGCAGAGGAUCCAACCCCAGGAACUCCCGUUUCUACCGGUCAAUGAGGAGGAAGAAACUGGCUACAGAUUCCACCAAGUCCCGUGAGGACCGCAGUCCAUCCCAUAAAGCGUCAGCCUCAUCCUCUCAUGUUCCCAUUUCCCACAGUUCAGGACGCUUUGAGCGUCAGGAAAUGCUCCAUCCUUCCAGAGCUCUGUUGCCAAGCAAUGGUCAGAGCAGCAGCAGACAUGCUCUGUACAACGGUGAAGCUGAGGGGAGGAGAGGAGUGGGAGGACGGAGUGUGAACAGAUCUGCUGCCGCCGACACUCAGCGCAGAGACGACGACGAAGAAAUGACUACGUAUCGGCCUCACAGUAUUCAUCGUGAAGACAUUACAAAGCUGUCAGAGCAAACGGCUGCAGUUUGCACUGUUCAGGACAACAGGCGGAGACCUACCAACUCACGACAACCCAAUCCCGACGGAUCAAACCAGGACAACGUCAGUCUCAGGUUGUCGGGCACUGGAGAUCAGAUGGCUGGUCACAGCCUGAGAAUCGUCAGAAAAACUGAGGUACCGCUGUACCAGGAGUACCGUGACACGUCCAAGCAGCAGGAGAUUGAACAGAGGCGGCAGCGGGACAACUGUUCUCCAGUCACGGAGGGGACUCCGAUGCAAGAGUCUGUGGCAACGUCACCACCGGCGUUACAGCUGCAGCUGAGGAACAACACCCAGUCCCUGAGCCUGUGGCAAAACCUGGAAGCAGUGCAAGCCAGUGGUCUGCUCGCCCGGCUGGACCACAAAGAGAUAAUAAUGCAAGAGGCCAUGUUUGAGCUUGUGACAUCAGAAGCGUCCUACUACAAGAGUUUGGAAAUUUUGGAGGCACACUUCCUGCAAAAUCCUGUUUUAUUCAAAACACUGAGCCAAUCCGACAUGCAUUUUCUUUUCUCAAACAUUGUGGAAGUCAUGAAAGCCAGUGAAAGGUUCUUGAUGGAUCUUGAAAACCGAAUCGAGGAGUCCAUUUUAAUUUCUGACGUGUGUGAUAUUGUUCAUCACCAUGCUGUGGAACACUUCAGUGUCUUCAUUAAAUAUGUCAUUAACCAAGCGUACCAGGAGAAGAACUACCGACGCAUCUUAGAAGGAAACCAACCAUUCCGGGACACGAUGGCUUCACUGGAAAACCAUCCCUGUGUGAGAGGCCUGUCUUUCACGUCUUUCCUCAUUCUUCCUUUCCAGAGGAUCACCAGACUCAAGCUGCUUGUCCAGAAUAUCCUGAAAAAAACUGAGGAGGACUCGGAGAGGGAAGCUUCUGCUGUGAAAGCACAUCAGCAGCUUGAGAAGAUUGUGAGAGAGUGUGAUGAGGGUGUUCGGAAAAUGAGCCGCACAGAGGAGCUGAUCAGUAUCGAGAAAACACUGGAAUUUAAAUCUAAGUCUGUGCCCAUCAUUUCCCACUCGCGCUGGCUGCUGAAGAAAGGUGAAGUGCAGGUGAUGGCAGGGCCGAAGAGCACAAGGACCAUGCGAAGCCGCAAGCUUUACCAGCCGUUCUACUUGUUCCUCUUCAAUAAUCUGCUGCUGGUCACAAAGCGCAGCGGGGACAAGUUCCAGGUUCUUGAUUCCUGCACAAGGGCCAUGUUGAGGACCGAAGAGCUUGCAGACCAGGGUCAGGCGCUGGCCCAUGUCUUUAAUCUGAAGCUGCUGGAAAACCAAGAGGACCGUCCAGUCAACUACUUGGUCAAGGCCUCCAGUAUGAGUGAUAAGCUUCGAUGGAUAUGUGCACUCACUCCUAACCGCCGUACACGCUUCAUGUCGACCAGUGCCCACCAAGCAGACUCUCCACAGGUGCAGUGCAUUCAGUCAUACACAGCUCAGGAACCUGAUGAACUUUCGACUGAGAUGGCGGAUGUUAUGAGCCUUCUUGAGAGAACAACUGAUGGCUGGAUGAUGGGUGAAAGGCUCCAUGAUGGCGAGAGAGGCUGGUUCCCAAGUCGAGUCGUGGAGGAGAUUCAUAGCAAAGCGGUCCGAGCUCAAAACCUGAGAGAAGCCUUCAAGAUUCAGCUGGCCCAGGAUGGUGGAGCAGGUCUGCAGACUGGAACCAGAGGUGGCUUAAGAGGAAGACGCACCCCGAAAGCGUCCAGCCUCUCCGGUACUCAUACUGAUCAGAUGGGGAACUGGAGUGAAGCAGUGAAUCAGUAACAGCCCAGUAUGUGUUCAUCAACAAGACAAGUAUCCAAAUGAAUGUGGAAUGUUACCCAUGUUCUGCAUGUUUUAUUAAUAUUACGGACUCUAUUAAAAGAUGCAAUAUUAAUUUUGGAGACCAGAGAAGAGCGUUUACCCAGGAGAGAUUUCGAGUUCUGCUCCAACACUGAAGACGAAAACGACCCACAGCCACGUCUGGGCCACCAGUCUUCUCUGUGUGGCAGGAGAACACGUUCUGUCUGAGUUUCACACCAGUUUCACACUCUGUACCCCAAAUAUCUUUCAGAGUUUUUCUUAAUUUUUCUAGAAAAGCAUCAGAUAAACACACAUUUUCAAAACGCGUUUUCAGGUGAUUGUUUCAAAAAUUGGAAAGAAAACAAACUAUUUACUGCUCACUGCAACAAGAGUACACGUUUGGCAUGCUCUUGGAAAUGUUUCUGUUUGCUUCUUUUCAGGUUUCAGGUUUUGUUUGCUUCAGCAGAUUUUUGUUGGAAGAGGGAAAUCUAAUUUUACCUGUGAUUAUUUCUGGGGAAUGCAUUUCUUCAGUGCAGCUGGUUGGCCGUCGUCAUGAUCAAGACAUUAGUCUUAGUGGUCAUUUUACUACUGUAAUUUAUUGUCUUGUAAAAUUGCACUGUAAAUGAGAAUUCUCUUUCAUCUCUGAGUGUGUGACACAAGAGGUUAUUUUUUCAUAAGAUGAAACAUGUUGACACUUUUCUGUGGACUGUGGCAGACUGGCCGGUACGGAGGUACGCCUGAACAGUCCCAAAUCAAUCGGCCUCCUGUCAGCGACGAUGUGAGAUGCACCAGACAAUUUUGCUUCCCACGACAGAACGGAGUCUGUUGCGGAAGGGGUUGCCUCUUCUUUCGUACCAUCGUAUAGUGCAGUCCGCUGCUGAAGCCAUCUGCAGACCUCGGUGGACUCAGUACUGUAUGGGGCAGGCCACAGCGGGAGUGGAUUCAAAGGUCAACUGGAUGGUCGCCUGUGGUGAUUCUAAUCGCUGCACUUCAUUUUACCUUGCCACCUUUCAACCACCCCACUUUUGCUUACGCUGAGGAUUGUUGUUUCAUCCAUCCAGCUUACAAUAUUGUGUAUGUUGUGACAAGAGUGAUUACAAGUUUAAGAACAUUAACAUCUUUACAUCACUGUGUUACAAAUAAAUAUACUUCAUUAAUUACACUGACACUGCCUGAGUUAGAAAGAGAUGCUCAUGAAUCAACAUAAUCUGCAGUAACAUGUUUGAAAGAUGGCUGCUGAUCUGCUCCAUGCUCUGCGUCCUGUAUGUUAUUGAAUGGAUGCACAGUGCUGCAUUGACUGAUAGAUGAUUAGUGUCUGUGUCCAUUUUGUUUUUUUUUGCGUUUGCUUCUUCUCUAUCUAAAGGACAUAUUUUCUGCACUGUUGCUGCUUGAGAAACUCAGUUUGCUGGUCAAACAAAAUUGACUGUCAGAUGUAAGGAAUGAAAAAACGUUCAUGUUUUUUUUUAAUUUCUUACCAAAAGUUGAACAACAACUUCAAAGUUGUGAGUGCUCUAAAUUACUAACCCUAAAUUACAGUUAAUAUAACUUCAAAACAGAAGGUCUUUGAUUUGAACUGCUGCUUGGUCAGGUGAUGAGUGCCAGUGAUAUUCAUGUGUUAAUUGCAUUUCCAGGUUGAUUUAUUUCUGGAAAGUGCUAAACCCCAGCGUGGUGGUUCGAGCUUAAGGCCAUAUUUCAACUCAGGUGGUCAGAUAUUCUGAACGUGUCAGAGUCUUCACAACAGAUUUCUCUUCAGCACUUUGGUUUGGUUGUAAACUCAGCUGAGCUAUGGCUUUUUUCUGUUAGUUUGAACCAGCUACAUAUGCUUCGUGCCACCAGAGGGCAUAUCGGAACUGUAUUGAGGAGCACAGUAGUAGUGUAAUGGGGUAUUUUCACAGCUUCACUACUUCCUGAAGUUAACUGUGCACAUUCAUUUCCUGUCUUACAUUAUUGGCCAAACUGAUUAAUCCAGGUGUGUCUGGUUUAGACUGCUGCAACAAGACACACCUGGAUUUAUCAUUUUGGCCAAUAAUGCAAGACAGGAAAUGAAUGUGCACAGUUAAUUUCAGGAAGUAGUGGAGCUGUGAAAAUGGCCCAUUAAAAUAGUAUGUUGCUUAAUGUACAUUCCACUUUGAUGCUUGUUUUUGGAUAAAGACUAAAGCAUUUAAAAAAAACAAUGAAUAAAAGAUUAAUUUUCAAGACACAAACUUCAACUCUGAAGUUCAUCAUUUUUGCUCCAGUGUCAUAAAGCACAGAUGCGAUGUGCAGAGAAGCGGGACUUGGUCAGUCACUACCUGUAUUACUUUAAGAGGACUAAUGGUUGUUUAAUUAAAUGUUUGUACCAUGCACAUACAGUAUAAAGUGCUCAAGCAUUCAAGUAAUGAAGGUAAUGAUCUAUUGAAACAAAAUGCCAUCUCAGCAGUGAGCAUGCUGCAUAUGAAGUAUAUAAAGCAAAUUAUAAUAAUGUGGAAAUAAUAUACAUGUUCUAUUUAAAUAAAUA